GGAGCUCGUACCUCACUCGGUUCUCCUCCUCACUUAUCUUCUCUGUUCUGUUGGAGUCUAUAUAAAGUGUGUGUUUGGAGGGUGAGAAAGUGAGGGAAAGUAGAGAGAAUAAAAAUAGCAAAAUGUUGGUCACUCAACAUGGUGUUUCUCUUUGCUUCGCUGUUGUUCUCAUGCUCUUCGUCGGAGUUCUGGCGACUGUACGGAAUGAUGAUCUCUCUGUUUCAAGGAAGGUGAAGAUAGAGCAGUUGCAGAGCUUAACCAACUCAACAAUGGUUGCCAGGAGUGAAGAGGAUGAUGUGCAUGAGCAUGCCGUGGAUAAUCCAGAUGAAAUUGCCGCAGAGGUUGAGAUGAGCAUCCGCAACAGCACUGAGAGGAGGCAAUUGGGAUACUUCACGUGUGGGACAGGUAAUCCCAUUGAUGACUGCUGGCGGUGUGACCCUAACUGGCAGAAGAAUCGCAAACGCCUUGCUGACUGUGGCAUUGGUUUUGGAAGAAAUGCCAUUGGUGGCCGCGAUGGUCGCUUCUAUGUUGUCACUGACCACACUGAUGACGAUGUUGUUAACCCCCGACCUGGCACUUUGAGGCAUGCUGUGAUCCAGGACCGACCUCUCUGGAUUGUGUUCAAGAGGGACAUGGUGAUCACAUUGAAACAGGAAUUGAUCAUGAAUAGCUUUAAGACCAUUGAUGGCCGUGGAGCGAAUGUACACAUUGCCAACAGAGCGUGCAUCACUAUCCAGUUUGUUACUAAUGUCAUCAUUCAUGGUCUCCAUAUUCAUGACUGCAAACCCACCGGUAAUGCGAUGGUUAGAAGCUCGCCUAGUCACUAUGGUUGGAGGACAAUGGCUGAUGGUGAUGCCAUUUCAAUCUUUGGGUCAAGCCAUAUAUGGAUUGAUCACAAUUCACUCUCCAAUUGUGCUGAUGGACUUGUUGAUGCUGUCAUGGGUUCUACUGCAAUUACCAUUUCGAACAAUCACUUCACCCACCACAAUGAGGUUAUGUUGCUGGGCCACAGUGAUUCUUAUACCAGAGACAAAAAUAUGCAAGUUACCAUUGCUUAUAACCAUUUUGGUAAAGGACUGAUUCAGAGAAUGCCAAGGUGUAGACAUGGAUACUUCCAUGUAGUGAACAAUGACUAUACUCACUGGGAAAUGUAUGCCAUUGGUGGCAGUGCUAACCCCACUAUUAACAGCCAGGGCAACAGAUAUGCUGCGCCAACUAACGCAUUUGCAAAGGAGGUAACAAAGAGAGUUGAGACUGCAGCGAGUGAGUGGAAGAACUGGAAUUGGAGAUCAGAGGGAGAUCUCAUGUUGAAUGGUGCCUACUUCACCCCAUCAGGAGCAGGAGCCUCAGCCAGCUACGCUCGCGCCUCAAGCUUGGGAGCCAAGUCUUCCUCAAUGGUUGGGUCCAUGACUUCUGGUGCUGGUGCAGUGAGCUGCCGCAGAGGCCAACGAUGCUCAUAGCUGUAGUCAAUCAAUAUUGGCCACAGCAAAAGGCCAACCGAUAUCUGUUUGAUUUUUUCUUUUUUUAUAAAUUUUCUACUAUAUAGUGUCACCAAUCAUCCCAUAUACAUUCUGUCAAUUGUUUCUCAAUCAAUUAUCUCCAUUUACAUA